AUGAGACAGUUAAAGAAGGUGAGUAUUAUAACUGGGCUGAUCUGUAUAUGUAUAGAUACAAUUAUAUGUGGGGGAUUCAAGGCAAGCUACAAGAGUAGGCAUGCUUGUUCACCAUAUAGUCUAGAACAGCGACCUAGAAAUAAUAGUUUACAUUCAACAGAUAGCGCCGAUACAAAUGAGUUAACACCCCAGAAGAGCAUGCAUAGCAAUGAUAAUGGUAAAUUACCUCUCAUGAACAAUCAAUCAGAGAUAGAAGCAAAUUUGUCAUUAGAUCUAUCUAAUUCCUCUGAAACACAUAAUAGUGUUAAUAAUAAGAAACUUUCUGAUAAUAAUGACCAAACAAUGGAGUAUACAGAUGCAGACCAUUCUAAUGCAGAUACUACAUAUAGUGGUGUAAAUGAUUCAGCCGCAGAAGUAUACGGCCUACCAGCAAUACAUACUGAUAUUGAUCAUAAUCCUACUAAUACACUUUCUAGCAGUAAAAAAUCUAUUAUAAAUCGUAAAAUGCGUAUGUAUAUAAAUGACCACCUGUGUGUUAUACGAAAUUAUACUAGCUACAUAGAAAACAAUGAGAAUAUAGAUUUUCUGCGUUCUAAUAAAGAUUUAUUGAUAAGAAAUGUAUUUGAAAAAUCAAAACAAGUAAUUGAAGAGUGGAAGAAAGAUACAACAACAGAUAUUUGGACGAUGGUUAAAAAUGUAGGCAUAGACUUUUCUUUAACAAAGCGCUUUUUUAAUAAUAUAGAAAAAUCAAAUCCAUAUAUUAUUAAUAUGCCCAACCCAUUUUGCUAUAAUAGAUUUCUGAGUGAUUUGACUUAUUACAUCAACAACUAUGGGCAGACUGUAUAUUACUGCCAAGAAACUCACAAUAAAAGCUAUAGAAAAAAAAAGAAACCCUUGGGGAUAUAUGGAUUAAUAAAGAAAUAA